AUGACGGACGCAACGCCCGAGGCGGCCCCCGCCGCCGUGAAGCAGCCCACGUGGUACCCGCCGCGCCCCAUCGAGGGCCUGACGGAGUACUGGGACACGCACUACCCGCUGCGCCUGUACAACAGCAUGACGCGCACCAAGAACGCCUUCGUGCCCAUGCAGGGCAAGCGCGUGCUGUGGUACAUGUGCGGCCCCACGGUGUACGACCAGACGCACCUGGGCCACGGCCGCACCUACACGUGCUUCGACUACGUGCGCCGCAUCCUCGAGGACUACUUCGGCCUGGAGGUGGAGCUCGUCAUGAACAUCACGGACAUCGACGACAAGAUCAUCCUGCGCGCGGCCGAGACCGGCUGGCUCGAGGCCAACCCCGGCCAGGAGCUGCCCAAGGACAAGGACGAGAAGGCCAAGCUGGUCAUGGGCUGGGCCGCCCAGCAGCCCGCCGAGGACAACAUGCGCCGCACGCGCGAGCUGUCCAAGUUCUGGGAAAAGUCUUUCCUGGACGACAUGGCGGCGCUCAACAUCAAGACCCCCACGGUCAUCACGCGCGUGAGCGAGUACGUGCCGGAGGUCGUGGAGUUUGUGGAGGGCAUCAUCAAGAACGGCUUCGCCUACGAGAGCAACGGCUCCGUGUACUUCGACACGGCGGCGUUCGGCCGCUCCAAGGGCAAGGCGUACGGCAAGCUGCUGCCCGAGAACGUCGGCCAGUCCGAGCUGCUCGCCGAGGGAGAAGGCGCGCUGUCCGCUGGACAGUCGGACAAGCGCAACGCCAGCGACUUUGCGCUCUGGAAGAAGUCCAAGAGCGGAGAGCCCUUCUGGCCCUCGCCCUGGGGCGAGGGACGUCCGGGAUGGCACAUUGAGUGUUCGGCCAUGGCCAGUGACGCGCUCAAGCACCUUGCCGGCGGCAAGAUCGACGUGCACUCUGGCGGCAUUGACCUGCGUUUCCCGCACCACGACAACGAGAUCGCGCAGUCCGAGGCGUACUUCGACUUCUCGCAGUGGGUCAACUACUUCGUGCACACGGGCCACCUCAACAUUGAGGGCUUGAAGAUGUCCAAGAGUCUCAAGAACUUCGUGAAGAUCCAGGAGGCGCUCAUGGACAACUCGCCGCGCCAGCUGCGCUUCCUGUUCUUGCUGCACAAGUACAACGUGCCCAUGGACUACAACGACAACUCGAUGGACGAGGCUGUUGGUGUCGACCGUUUCUUCACUGAGUUCUUUGCUAACGUCAAGGCACGUCUCCGUGAGCUUGGCGUGGAGAAGACGCAGAAGUGGACCCCUGUGGAGAAGGCUCUGCACGGAGCUCUGCUCGAGUGCAAGGAGAAGGUGUUCCGCGCGCUGAGCGACGACAUUAACACGCCGCUGGCGCUGCUGCACCUGCAGCAGCUGGCCAAGGAGGUCAACCGCUACAUGGCCGGAGAUAUUGAGAAGCAGGCCUCUAUGUUGAUCCGUGCCGCCGCGGAGUACAUUACGCGUAUUCUGUCUGUGUUUGGCCUUGUUACGUCGGCUACGGACAUUGGCUUCCCGUUGAGCUCGGGUGCGACUGGUGGUGCUGACCAAGAGACUGUGCUCACGCCCGUGUUGGACAUUUUCGCGCAGUUCCGUGACGAAAUCCGCGAGGCCGCGCGCUCUGCAGCUGCGGAUGGUGGCGACGCGAAGGCCCUGGCUAGUGCUGUGUUGCGGUUGUGCGAUGUGGUCCGCGACGAGAAGCUUCCUUACGCUGGUGUGCGUCUCGAGGACCGCUCUGCCGGAGCUGCUGUCUGGAAGCUGGCGAACAAGGACGAGCUGAUUGAGGAGAUCGAGAAGAAGGAGCAGGAGAAGCUCAGGAAGGAGGAGCAGAAGCGUCUGCGGUUGGAGGAGGAGGCUCGCAAGAAGGCGGAGCUGGCUGAAAAGGCCAAAUUUCCGCCCAGCGAGAUGUUCCUCGGUAUGAAGGACAAGUACUCGAAGUUCGAUGACAACGGUCUGCCGACGCACGAUGCGGCUGGUGAGCCGUUGAGCAAGGGCCAGACCAAGAAGCUGGCUAAGGAACAAGCUAAGCAGAAGGCGCUGUACGAGAAGCACAACAGCAACUAGAUUUAGCAAGAAGGAAGACGGCGUUUGAUCCUGGUGUAGCGAUUUAGAUGGCUACUUUGUGUUUCAACUGUAGUGGUAAGCACGUUAGCACGAUUUGAUUCGCAUAGUUUU